CACCACGGCACAAUUCUGAAACGGCAUUGGUCAAAUUCCUGGUUGCGUGGCAAACACGGAAGUGAGGUGUCUCUGAUGUGAUGUGAGCAAAAUGAUCGGAGAUCUGUUGAUAUUCGGGACCUUACUGGUCAAUGCAGGGGCUGUGCUAAACUUCAAGCUCAAAAGAAAGGAGUCCCAACAAGGAUUCGGAGAUGAGUCCAGAUCACCAACAACAGGUGACAACAUCAGAGAGUUUCUGCUCAGCCUUCGAUACUUUCGUAUCUUCAUUGCUCUAUGGAACAUCUUCAUGAUGUUCUGCAUGAUUGUGUUGUUUGGGUCGUGAUCAACGUUUGUGUACUGGACUUGUAUCAGGAUGCUGAUUUUCUAGGGUGGAUGCUUUAACUUCAUCUAAACUGGAGUUUACUGUUCUUAUGGCCCUUUCAAUUGUAUUUAUGGUUAUUUUUUUAUUUACAACCCCAAAUCAUAAAUCUGCUUCUGGCUGUACAGGAAUUUAUAAAUCACUGUAUUUAUUUUGUCUUAAAGAAGUUGUUAGAUUUGUUCCUUUUUUGUUUAAACUGUAUUCGCACCAGCACACCUGCCAUUGCUUGAAAUGUGUUGUCUUGUGCCCAUGGGAUCCAGUAAUGAACAGGUGAAGUUUUUCUCCAGCAUGUUCGUUUUGAAACAGUAGAACAGCUUUCACUUACAGGAUAAAAAAACAACUUGCUAAAUAAGACUAAAAAGCUGCCAGGAACUAGAUUUAACACCAGUCAAAAUGAUCUCUGUCACUUUAAGAACCCUACAUCUCCUCUGUACAAAUAUGCCCAAAUUGAUUCAUCAGCUUUUAUGCUGUUUACUUGAAUUCAGAAAUGUGUCUGAAUCCAUGCAGAUCUCAUAAUGCAGUUUAAAAUAAAAAUAUAUAUUAAAAAAACAUUAAAUGUUCCUAUAUUCUCGGGCACCUGUGCUAUGACUAAAUGUUUAUGCCCUACAAUGUAAAUGUAUCCUUAUUCCUAACAAUAAAAAUCCACGGUUUUCUUAA